AUGCGAUCAACCGCCAACGACCAAUCCUUCGACCACAAUUUUUACGAAUACAGGUCCUACGAUUGCAAGUUAUACGACCACAAGUUCUACGACUACAAGUCCUACGACCACAAGUUCUACGACUACAAGUCCUACCACCCACUACUACCCACUCCCACCCACUACUACAAAACCACCCACGACGAACCCACCCCCAGGUCCUACGAUUGCAAGUCCUACGACCACAAGUUCUACGACUACAAGUCCUACGACCACAAGUUCUACGACUACAAGUCCUACCACCCACUACUACCCACUCCCACCCACUACUACAAAACCACCCACGACGAACCCACCCCCAGGUCCUACGAUUGCAAGUCCUACGACCACAAGUUCUACGACUACAAGUCCUACGACUACACAACCGCCUACGACAAAACCACCCACGACUACAAGUCCCACUACUACACAACCACCCACGACUACAAGUCCCACUACUACACAACCACCCACGACUACAAGUCCCACUACUACACAACCAUCCACGACUACAAGUCCCACUACUACACAACCACCCACGACUACAAGACCUACGACUACACAACCACCCACGACGAAACCACCCACGACUACAAGACCUACGACUACAAGACCUACGACUACAAGACCUACGACUACACAACCGCCCACGACAAGACCAACAACAACAAUGCAUCCAUAUUUCUACCAUGAUAGGCGUAUAACUGAUAAAUUAAAAAAUAUUUUAAGCCAGGAUUAUGGCAGAUAUAGU